UUUACAACCUUAGAAGCCGCGUAUCGGUUAGCUGUUAGCGUCGUUGCGUCGUUAUGGCGUCCAGGAGGAGAAGCUGUACGGGUGCCGACGGCGCGUCUUCGGCCGCCAAAAAGCCGAAGGAGACGCCUCAGAGACACAUCGCUGCGCUGGUCUUAGCCCGGGGCGGCAGUAAAGGGAUCCCCCUGAAAAACAUCAAACCGCUGGCCGGAGUUCCGCUCCUGGGCUGGGUGCUGAGGGCCGCCGUGGACUCGGACGUUUUCCACAGUGUAUGGGUAUCGACAGACCAUGACGAGAUUGAGAAGGUAGCGAAGGUGUGGGGGGCAAAGAUCCAUCGCAGGAGCCCUGAAGUCUCCAAAGACUCUUCUACAUCACUGGACACUAUCAAAGAGUUUGUCAGGCUCCAUCCAGAGGUGGAUGUGAUCUGUAACAUUCAGGCUACAUCGCCGUGUCUUCACCCGUCCCACCUGAAGAAGGCCUUAGAGAUGAUCACAUUGAAGGGUUUUGAUUCCGUCUUCUCUGUGGUCCGAAGGUAUCAGUUCCGCUGGCAGGAGGUUAAGAAAGGAGCAGGUGAGAUGACAAAACCGUUAAAUCUCAACCCCGCCAAGAGGCCGCGGCGUCAGGACUGGGAUGGGGAGCUGUGUGAGAACGGCUCCUUCUAUUUCACCACCAAAGAGCUCAUCAUGGACCACGAUCUCCUGCAGGGCGGUAAGAUGGGUUACUUUGAGAUGUCACCGGAGUACAGUGUCGACAUCGACGUGGACAUCGACUGGCCCGUGGCAGAACAGAGGGUUCUCAGAUACGGAUACUUUGGUCGCGACUCGCCCGAGGUGGUUCGGUUGAUGCUGUGUAACAUUUCUGGAUGUUUAACAGAAGGACGUAUCAUCUUUUCUGCGUCUGGAGAAGAGAUGCUGGCCAUCAACGUCAGAGACACAACCGGCAUCCACAUGCUGCAGAGAGAAGGCGUGGAGGUGGUGCUGCUGACCUCCAGCGAAGACCCUGUGGCCCAGUCUCUGGUUGACAAAGUGGCAGAGAGAACAGGCUGUCAGGUUAGGCAGGUGGGAGAAGAGCCUCUGGUAGAUGUGAAGGCCAUGUUGGAGGAGAGAAAUCUGACAUGGAAGGAUGUGGCCUUUAUGGGUAAUGACAAACCAGACAUCAGCUGUCUGAACUUGGCGGGUUUGAGCGCUGUACCAUGUGACGCGCCCGAUGUAGCCAUCAACGCUGCGAAGUACACCUGCAGCAGCACCGCAGGCCAAGGAGCAGUGAGGGACUUUGCGGAGCACAUUGUACUGCAGAAACAGAAGGCAAGGUCUCAGAUGGAACAAGAUCGUAUUGAUCGCAAUACUUUCUGAAUUCUAAGUCUUUAAAUGAAGGAUUU